AUGAAAAACUUUUCCAAUGAGAGAAAUAACAACAGUAGUUUACUCAAUUGCUCCACUACUAAUUCACCUUCUCAGGAAGAUGAUGAACAAAGUGAGAUUUUAACAUUUUCCAGUGAUUUAUUUUCAAUGAAUUCCUUCAAGUUGAAUGAUAGUGAAGAUAGGCAAGCAAUGGAAAUAUAUAAUCAAUUCUUGGAUACUGAACUUGCUAGAAAUCAUGUCAAGUAUUCGAAACAUGAAGAAAUUAAGAAGGAAAUUGAAAGAUAUCAAGUUAAGAUAUCGACUGGUGACUCUGAAGGUGAUUUGACAAAUAUUUUCGAUGAAGCUCAAAUUCAAAUUGGAAAGAAAUUGAUAAAUUGCCAUGAAACGUUCAAGAAUUCAUUGAAUUUCCCAAACCAAUCCAAAUCUGACAUGUUGGAUUCUUUCAGAGUUGAAUAUUUAAAGUUGAUGAAAAAGGUGGAAAAUCCUCAAAAGAAUAGCUUUAGAAAUAUCGAUCAAUUUAAAUAA